GUUCACGGCUCCCCCCACAGGACUCACUGUAAAAUGGUCGAUGAUUUUUGGUGAACCGCCCCGUUCGCUCAUUUGAGGAGAGCCGCUGACUUUCUUCUUCACGCUUGCUUCUCGAUGGACAUUUUAAAACUUGACAGGUAACGCAAAAGCCUUUCACAGCGUUUUUCUUUGCCGUGCGUGACGCUCGCGAGCUGAAAUACGGCGUUGGCCGCUCGCUGGUAACGGAAAUUUUUGGUACGUCAUUAAUAUGGCGCCAAAAGAGUUAUACAGUAAGUGUGAGCUUGUGUUGCUGUAGCGUGAGAUCUCUCUCACCUCAGCCUUAUCCUGUCAAACGUUACGCAAGAACAAAAUCACCUGUUCGGGGGAUAUAAAACAUUUUAAACGCCUCACUUGACGGACAUUAAACGGCAUUUAGACGCUUGUCGUAAUUCAAAACUGUUUUGCACAUAAAAUCGAUGUCCUGUCACGUCAGUCGAUGCGCGUCACUUUGCAGGAUUGUGAGGAAAUAACUCGUUUUUCUCGGACAAACGGAUAUUUUUUGCCGUGAGUGUGGGAACGGCGAUUUUAGGAAGUCAGCGGAUAACUGCGUAGGAGGGCAUCGCAGAAAGCCGUAGUAUGCCGUCGGAUCGGAGCUGUUGUGGAUUAAAUAGAACGACAGGAACUUUUAUUCGGGCUGAUGAUGUGGAGGGGAAAUCGCACGAAUACAGUGUGCUGAAGUGAGCUACAUGUGCUUGGCCUCAAAUGAUCCGUUGAUUUCUACCCAUCCGUGUGCAUCGAGGACAUCACGCCCUCUCCAACAAACCGCAAAUAAGAUGGAGAAUGAGAUGAAGAGGAGGAAAUACUCCACCAGUAGCAACGAUUCGGACACAACUGACAGUCAUGUGACCACCUGGUCACGAUCUUCAAAGAACACAGGGACCAAUAGCACGUGGGUUCGCCAUGAGCCGAAGAAACCAUCUGAGGUUUUUCGGACCGAUUUUAUAACAGCCAUGAAGUUGCCUGAUUCAGCACAACUCGGCCUGGAAGAGUUUUAUUUUCUGUCUGAUCCCUGGAGACAGGAAUGGGAGAAGGGUGUACAGGUGCCAGCAAAUGUAGACGUUAUCCCCGAACCUGCGGUGAGGAUGCUUCCAGAGGUGAAUCGAAUCCCGUUCUUUUCACCUGUCCAGACACGGGGACAUUCAGAGUUUGGGUUCGGAGAAUCCCGGGGUCUCGUGAAGCCAUUGAGCCGCUACGAUCUGGACGACCUAGAUGUGUCCUGGCUCGAGCUGGUUAAUGCUGAAUUCAGACAAUUAGCACUUCCGGAGCUGGAUGAGCUGAGCAUGGAGCAGGUUUUGGUGGAGUUGGAGAGCCGGUGUGAGGAGAACAUGCAGCGGGCUAUCGAAACAGAGGAGGGUCUGGGCAUCGAGUACGACGAGGACGUGGUUUGUGAUGUGUGCCGCUCACCUGAGGGCGAAGACAGCAACGAGAUGGUCUUCUGCGAUAAGUGCAACGUUUGUGUGCACCAGGCGUGUUACGGGAUCUUAAAGGUGCCAAAGGGUAACUGGCGGUGCCGGACGUGUGCUCUGGGAGUGCAGCCCAAGUGUUUGCUGUGUCCCAAAAGAAGAGGGGCCCUUAAACCUACCCGUAGCGGAACCAAAUGGGUCCACGUCAGCUGUGCCUUAUGGAUCCCAGAGGUGAGCAUUGGCUGCCCUGAGAAGAUGGAACCCAUCACGAAAGUGUCUCAUAUUCCAGCAAGUCGCUGGGCCUUGUUUUGUAGUCUGUGUCGUGAACACACAGGCACAUGUAUACAGUGCUCCAUGCCGUCUUGCAUCAUUGCCUUCCACGUGACCUGUGCGUUCGACCACGGGCUAGAGAUGCGUACCACUCUGGCAGAAAACGACGAGGUGCGCUUCAAGUCCUUCUGUCUGGAGCACAGCAGCGGCGCACACUCGAACAACAGUGCUGGGAAUUCCGAGAGAUCCGAAAUACGACAUCCAGGGGCCGACGUGUCGGGAACGCAGUCCGAUCGUGCAAAGCAAGACCAGGUGGAACAAGAGAAAGCCAGUCAGCGGAAGCAGAAACUGCAGGAGCUACAGGAUGAGUUUUACAAAUUAGUGGACCCCAAGGAUGUCGCAGAGAACCUCUGCCUGCCCGAUGCUCACGUGGACUUCCUCUACCAGUACUGGAAACUCCGACGAAAGGCCAACUGUAACCAGCCGCUGGUGGAACUGAAGAGGGAUGAGGUGGACAAUCUGGCCCAGCAGGAGCAGGACGUUCUCUAUCGUCGCCUGAAGCUCUUCACUCAUUUACGGCAAGAUCUGGAGAGGGUCAGAAACUUGUGCUACAUGGUCACAAGGCGAGAGAAGAUCAAACACUCUUUAUGUAACCUGCAGGAGAAGAUCUGUAACCUGCAGAUUGAGCUGUUAGAGCAGGAGCUGACCAGAGAAAGAACUGUGAGAGGUGAUAUUGUUCAUCGCAAUGGGGCCAGAGAACGAGUGAAAGAGAGGAGGAAGAGUAGCCCAGAGAAGAAAGAGAAAUGGAGAUCGGAGAACAACUCUCUGUUCAAAGAGUUGGGUUUGGCCAAAUCCUUCCCGCUGAAAGGCUCGCUGUUUGACAGCUGGCUGGCUCAGUCCGUUCACAUCACCACAGAUAACAUGCUGAGCCAGUGGUCUCUAUCCCGAGAGACCCACGACCCGUCACCCAGCCUCCUGUCAGACCAGCUGCUGCAGGGCGAGGAGAGCUUGCUCAGUCUCAUGAUGGACCACUCCAUGAAAUCCACCUGGAAAACACCCCAACUGGGCCGCAAGACGAGAGGCGCGUCACGCAGCCGCAGUCACAGAAAGUCUGUCUCUCUUCCACGGGCAGGAUCGAACGUGGCGAAGGUUCCGUCGGAGGAGCGGCGCGCCACCGGAGGCAAGCGAGGAGCGAGAGCGCGCCACCUCCGCCACCGUCACAUCCGCAGCUGCCACACGGGCGGGCCGGACCCUCCACAGCCGCCCGUUUCCAAAAUGGACUCCUGCCACAUUUCUGAGGAGCGUGGCUCUCGGGGCAGCAGCGCGAACGCUGCGGUGAGCGGCAGGUGCUCGCAGGCCCUGCGUCUGCGUCUUCCCAGACAGGGUAAGUCACGCUCCAAAAGCAAGACGACGGAGCUUGUCUCUGCCAACAACGUUUCUGCACUGGACCCGGAGACCGACGGCUACUUCUCAGACGCAGAACAGAGUGACUCUGAAAUGCGCUCCGCCAGCCGGAAGUUGCGCUUCACCCAGCUGCAUGCUGGGAAUGAGGAGGUAGUGCGGCGAAGUGUGCUCGCCUCCUAAAAGCGCAUCACCGUUGCUUUUGGAUGUCAUGGUAUCAUUGUAAUGCUCUCACUGUUACUAUAGUGUAUACUUCAUCAAGAGGACGGUUUCUUUCGUUACAUCGGUUUCUAGACCUUCAAUUGUAAUAGCUUGUGAAAUCAAGUUGGCUUCUUUUUUUGUCACACGCCUACAUUUCGAAAACCGUAAUCAUUUGUGCUUGAAAAACAAAGCUUAGUUAGACUGCCGGCUCUAUGGUGUUGGGAAGCAAUAGGAUUUGUCCUGGAAUAGGGACAAUGAUGUGGGCAUUAUGAAUGAAUACAUGUUUAGUUACAUGACUCCACAGAAUGAGGCUGAUACAGCUCCUCCGUUUCAAAUGAUGAACAGUACAGAGAAACUCUUCAAAAAGCACAAAUAGUCAUGUGAGAAUGUAGCACACCUGUACCUGUCGUAUCUACGUCAACUCUCAUUUUACUCUGACACAGAUCAGACAGAUACCAGCAUCACUCUCAUCUACAUGCCGUGGUCAAAUUAGCUUCCAGACAUGUCUGCUUCACGUUUCACCCCAAAAUGAAAACAUAUCUUACUUAUAAAGAAAAAAAAUUCAUGAGAGUUUUGCAUAUUUUCAUCUCAACUUUUCAUUCUUCUCAAACUCCAAAAAUAUGCAUCUUUAAUUUGUGCUCAUUAUGCGUAUUAAAACCAAUAAAUAGUAUUGUUAAUAGAAAUAUGGGAAUAAUAAAAAUGGAUUUAAAUUGUAACUUGUCCAGAUACAUUACAUCAACGAAUAUUUGGGAUGGAAAUAUAUUUGAUCUUUCUUCGUGAACAUUUAAUCGUUUUUUCCAAAUAUUGGAGUGAAAUUUGAUGUGGAUAUGUUUUGUUUUGACAGAAUCAUGUCUAUGACAGCGUGCCUUCUGUAGCUUCACACUCAAGCAAGUCAUCAGCUCAUUUCAUCAAUUUAAUAGAACGACGGCAAUCAGAAAUGACAAAAGUCCAGUGCCUAGAAAAUCAUUCAAGAGCAGCAUUCAGCGUCAGAAAACACGGAAACCAGCCCGGCUUUCUAAAAGUGCUGCCCGUAAACCAACGUCUGUUGGUCUGUUCGUUGUUUAUUGAUUGAAAUGAAAUGAAAUUCACACAGAAUAUCCUCAGGCUUUGCUAGCGUUUCCCCCUUCAUUUCUGGCUGAUGUUAUGCGCUCAAUCGGCCCGUGGUGUUUAUCUCAGGGUUCUAGAGAAGAAGUGAUUGCAAUCAUUGGAGAGAAAAACCAACAGACGGUGAACAUUCGGUGUUGCUUUGGCAAAACAUCAUGUUUAUUGCAUUGUAAGAGCCUUUUUCCACGUGUAAUGAUGAAAUGUCUUUGUUUUUUGCGGUGAUGAUGAUGAUGCCAAAGACUAAUAAGUGGGCACAUGCUCUAUGUGGAUCUUCUGAUGGUUUGCACUGAUCUGGUACACACCUGGACACCUGCGUCAUCAACUCUUCACACACAAGAGAUCCACAGCAAGUCUUGUUUUUCAGAUGGACAGAUCAAGCACUAGAAAACUAUGUCGCUCACGUAUGAUGCGUGUCUUCUCUCUGUAGACCUGAGGUUUGGUCGUGUUGUGCCAGCACAGCACUGUUUUCCCAAAUCUACAAACGUCUGCGUGUCUGUUUCUUCUGUGGAGCACAAAGAGAGAAAGUUAAUAAAUGUUCACACUGCUCUUCGCAUGGUUCAUACUAACCAUGUCAUUUCCAUCAUACAGCCAAAUGUUACCCUCACACGCUCGUAUCAGACGGCACCUGUUUUGUAAACAAAUGUUUUUUGGGGUAGUUCGUUUCUGAUUGGUCCAUGGGUUAUUUCAGGUAUACAUGAUUAUUUGCUACACAAGUCCUAUAUGGUCAAUAUAAAGUGCUUUGAAUGGCAGCAUCAAUUUCUGUGUUCCUCAAGACGACUGUAGCACUGAAGUAAUAUGAAGGACAUGUGCGGUCUCAAAAGAGCAGUAUGUGCAUUCGCGAAUCUUCUCCUUUUGUGUUUGACAGACGACAGACAGACGACAGUCAGACAGGCUUAAAACAACACGACGACACAAUUUAUUCACCUGUACAGAUCUCAUGUAUCUUAAACGCUUCUGUAGAGACUCAUCAUAGCUGCUCUGGGGUUCAGCAAACGCAGAUGUGGAAAACUGUGCCUUUAGUGAUCUAGAUGAAAGCCGCCGCAGGGCUUCGAGCUUUUCUCUCAUGCUUAAUUUGUGUUCCACAGCUAAUGUACGCUCUGUGUAUGUUCAGCUUCUGUGAAAUCAUUUACAGGAAGAGAAUAACAGGAAAAAGCAGAUCAUUACACUUGUAAACAAACAAAAGAUAAAUCGCCUGUACAUGUACUUGUCUCCAUCACAGACUUUCCCCGGAGAGAGCAAAAUAACAGGAAUAGAUAGAACGCAGCUUUUCUCUGGGUUGGAGUGGUAGAGCGUCAUCUGUUUUAUCCACAUCUCUAUCUUUGGACCGAAUGAGGUCAAUAACGGACCAUUUGUUCCUCGAGGGAUAUCGAUUAUUCCACAAUGUGAAUAGGUACCUUUCAUGGAGAAUGUCCAGGUCAUAUUUCACCCCGAAUUAAAGUGACAGUUCACCCAAAAUGUGAACAUUCUGUCAUCAUUUACCCAUCCUCAUGCCGUUCCAAACUUGUGUGACUUUUUCCUCCGUAAAACACAAACGAAGAGGAACGUUGACAACCAAACAACACCGUUGGCUUUCAUUAUAUGAGCACAAAACCAUUUCUCGAAAUAUCUUCUGGUGUGUUCCACCGAAGAAAAAGUCACACACAAGUCACUUGAGGGUGAGUGAACUGGUCAUUUUAGGUGAACUGUCCCUUAAAAAAUUGAAAUCCGUGUAGAAAAUAAAAGCUUUUUAGGACAGUUGUGACGUUAUUUCGAUAAAGCCCUGAAUAUACUGAUGUUUUCUAAAGGUUUCCACAUCGUCCAGCACAUUUUUCCGUGUUGAUGAUCUGCACUCGCACCUGACAUUAAUUUCACAAGGUGGCAACGCUGCUGUUGUUUCAGAGGUUACAAAUAAUACGUCGCCAUAAUGUAUACAGAAGCGAUCCUGAAAUUGGCUUCAUUUUCUUUAAGCAAUAAAACAGAAUUUAGCUUGUUUUAGGGGUGAAAUAUGACCGUUUUUUUCACUCACAGUAUUGUCAAGAAGCUCUCAUGCAACUUCUGCUCGUACAGACACUUCCCUGAACCGCAGAGAUCUUUUCUUUCUCCAACGUCAUAUCACAACAGGACCCAGCGUGGGUUCUAGAUCCACUCUCGUCUGUUUACCAUUCAGCAAAACCCACCCACUAGACCGUUUGGUGGAUCAUGUGUGUCAACAUCAUCUGCUUUCCACUGGUUAUAGGAUAUGAUGAAAUGAAUGUUGCAGGAGUUUAUUCUUCUAUAUUCGUUGUUUCAAGGAAUGUUGUGCCAUUUGUUAAUAGCAGAGAGAACUAUUGAACAUAGAAGAGCUAUUUUAAAUUAUUUUAGGCUUUGUUGCUCUAUUUAUUUUCUUGUAUUGGAAAUCUUUAUAGGAGGAAAAAACACGAGUAUUUUUCAUCAGUGCAAAAACCUAUUUUUCCUUUUUGUUUUUUACAUUUACCAUGUUAAGCAGUCGUUUAGAGCAAUAUAAUGUUCAUGUGACUGUAUGUGCAUGCUGUCUGUGAUGCCUUAAUAAGCGCACCCGUCCCAUCAUCGCCAGCGCUCGGCUGUGGUCGACCAGUGCAGUCAAUAAAGCUGUGCUUUACAUUUACGCGUCUCUGUGCUGUCUGUUACUCCACCACAUGUCCAGAAGGUGUCCGACUUUUCUGACCCACACACCCCCACCGACAUGUUUUCUAGUUUUUUUUAAAAUACAUGAAUUGUUUCCAUCUCUGUUGCCACAGUUUUGGAAGUGCCCUUCUCUGUUCUUCAAUGAUUGACUUCGAUGAAGUCAUUGAUGUCGAGUGAUGAGUUUUUGACUGCAUUUAAAGUCACAUCAGAUAUGUUCUUCCACGCUGACUGAAUAAAUCAUUUCUUUUCUAUUCCCUGUUGGAAUAGAAAAUGGCCCUGACCAAACUGUUGCUGUAAAAUUAGAAGAGCACAAUUCUCUAGAUAGAGUAUCAUUUCAGGGGUUUGCAUUAACAUGUAAUCAGGUCAAAUAAAGCAUAUUUGGCGUGCUGUCCGAGGGGAGGGCUCAGACCUCGGAAUAUUGGCCCGAACCCAGAGUACUCCCCCCUUCAAACUGGGACAGAUACCAGCAGAGAGUGAGGCGAUGGGGUGAAGGAGGGAUGCUGUGAAACGGUCAAGGUAGAGAGGUGAGGGACGGCUUUAUAUAGCGUCUACUUCGCGCUGAUUGGUUGGAUUACAUUAUCAUGCUCCUCCCAAAUUUAAAUAAACUCAUUAAGAUGUGUAAUCAGGAAAAUGACUGUAGUAGUCAAAGCUGUUCAAUAAAAAGCUGCUGCAAACGUUUUACAUCUCUUUGACUUCUGGAG